AUGCCAUCUGGACCUCAAAAUCUCUUUCUGAUACUGGCAACAGGAGAAUUCCUAAUGGGAAUAUUGGGGAAUGGAUUCAUUGGACUAGUUAACUGCAUUGACUGGGUCAAGAGUCGAAAGAUCUCAUCAGUUGACUGCAUCCUCACCUGCCUGGCUAUCACCAGAAUCAGUUAUCUUUGGAUAAUACUACUUUAUUCAUUUGCAGUAGUGCUAUGGCCACAUCUACAUGACAUUCGUAAAACAUUAAGAUUUAUUAGUUUUUUUUGGACACUGACCAAUCACCUCGCUACUUGGUUUGCCACCUGUUUAAGUGUUUUCUACUUCCUCAAAAUACCCAAUUUCUCCCACCCCUGCUUAAUUUGGCUAAAGUGGAGAAUUAACAAAGUGCUACUGGUGCUUCUACUGGGGUCUUCGUUUAUACUGUUUUACAAUCUUCUAUCUAUAGGCUCAUUUCAUGGUUUAUGGAAUAAUGUUACUUUCAGAGAUGAAAGGAACUUGGCUUGGUCUUCAGAUGUAAGUAAAAUUCUGUAUUGUAACAGCUUGAUUUCUUUCAAUAUCACCUAUUUAAUUCCUUUCCUUCUGUCCCUGAUCUCAUUGCUCCUUUUGUAUCUCUCCUUGAAGAGACACACCAAGAAUUUGCAGCUCAACUCCAUGGGCUCUAAGGAUCUCAGCACAGAGGCACAUAAAAGGGCCAUGAAAAUGGUGAUGUCUUUCCUUCUCCUCUUCAUAGUUCACUGUUUAUCCACUCAUAUAGUGGGAUGGAUUUACCUUACAUCACAGAAAGAUGAAGCAAGUUUAUUUAUCAUGUUAAUAAUAACUGUUUUUCCUUCAGGCCACUCAUUUCUCCUAAUUUGGGAAAACAGAAAGCUGAGACAGACUGCCUUAAGAUUACUGAGGCAUCUUAAGGGCCACAUGAAAAGAGCAAAACCUUUAUCUUCAUAG